AUGAGGAAGGCAUGGACCUCGUCGGACCCUCACUCAUUUGGUGAGCAUGACAAAUACUUAACGUGGUGUUCUAUACCACGUACUAUACCAGUGGCGCUGCAUUUGCAUGCAGGGUCGGCUGCCGAGGUGCGCAGCGUAAACUCUAAAGGCUCGGUGCAUGGCAUUGAACUCAAAAAGACGUUCUUGGACGUGAAGCCUCGCUGCAAUUCCCCUUGCACAGGAGCCUAA